GCCUACCUCCUGUAGUCACGUGACCGUCAGUCAUCGCUGUUGUGAAGUUUGUGGAAGUUAGUCAAAUCCGCUUCAGCUUCUUGUUCUAUUAAAAUUACUGUCCUGUGUCUUUGUUUGAAAAGAAAACAAUGGCGGAAAUGUCUUUAGUGAUCUCAGUAAGCGUAAUGACCGUGUUUUGGGGCAUUGUUGGAGGACUGGUGCCGUGGUUUAUUCCUAAAGGACCGAAUCGGGGAGUUAUUGUGGUCAUGUUGGUGCUAACUGCAGUUUGCUGCUACCUCUUCUGGCUGAUUGCUUUUCUGGCCCAGCUGAACCCGCUGCUUGGGCCGACGCUCAGCAAUGACACAAUAUGGUACCUCUAUUAUCACUGGGGAUAAUUUAUAAUCAUAGUCUCCUUGUCUGUCAGAUGCGUGUAUAUGGCCAAAGGUUCACUUCACUUUCUCACAAAGGGAAGAAGGAAUCCAUACGGUGCCUGUGUGUGUAGUAAGACUUGAUGUAUAGAUUUGCUUGGUCGUCUUUUGAAGAAAAUAAUGAACAAACUGAAAAUGAUGUGUACUUUGUUUUGUAUUUCUGUGCAUUGCCAAAACCAUGUCCUUGUAUUUGAAGUAUUUACUCUGUGUCUCUGUUAAUGCAUUUCCUUGUCAUUUUGUAUUAAUGUAACUAAAAACGUGGAAUAAAGAUCUCUAGACAAUGUAA